AUUUGAGUUUCUGUUCGUGUUCUUAAAUGUAUGAGUAAAUCUUAUUCGAAGUUAUCUUUUUUUCUAGAAAUUAAAAGUAAGGUUAUUUUCUUCCGAAGCACCUGCUGCUCGAAAAUUAAGAAUGUCAGUUACUCUGAACGCUGAACAACUUACCCAGGUUCUUCCAACGCUUAGAUCAUUCCACCCGAAGUCAUUACAGAUUGAAGCCAUGGUCAGGAAUCAUUUAUCGGGAAUCUGUGCAUGGCCUGGUGUUGAGUUCGUGGCCGAUCAGUUUCCAGAUUACAGAGUUAUUAUCUGUCGUGUGAUCAAGAACUCGAAGGAAUUCGUGGGACGCGCGAGCGUGCCAGGCAUUACCCUGCUUUCGAAAGAUGACGCAGUAUUAGCAGAGAUGUUGGCUGAUUGUGUUGACUGGAGCACUGAGCUUAUUUUUGUAGGCAUCCCGAAGACGAUAUGUCCAAUUGUGGAGCGCAUAGGCGCAGUCAAAGGAACAAUUUCCGAAAAUCACGAUGACGCAUACUGUGUGGCGUUCACAUUAGAUCCUGCGGAAAUGAUUUUACGACCGCUGCCUGCCGGAUUCGUGUUAGGGGAACUGUCGGAACACCAUGCCGAACAGUUGUGUUCAGAGUGGAAGUAUGGCUCGGCUGCGAUGCUUCCCUACUUCCAGUUUCUGCUCUGUUCCAACUUUCCUAGCGCUGCAGUAUUCGAAGAGGGUAGCGAUGUUCCUGUGGCAUAUGUUAUAUACAGUCUUGGUGACGGCAGUCUCGGAACCGGUUACGUACAUGAGAAGUACCGCGGCAACGGAUUGUUCCACAUUGUCUGCUACCACGCGGCGCUGAAAAUUCGAAACAUUGGCCAGGAAAUCGUAUGGGUAUAUGUGGAAAAAGCUAACCAGUCAUCCCUAAAUGCAUUCCGAAAAAUGGGAGCAAAGAUGGUUGACCCUCGAGAAUGGUCGAUCGAUUGGAUGAUGUAUGCACCGAAAUUUUGCGACGAAGAUUCUAAGGACAUUGUGACGUCUUAAACUUUAAAUCCGAGUUUCGAAAUUCUGGUGAAUUGUAAUACCGUUGAAAUUCAAGGAUAUUUCCUUACCUGGUGAUGGUUUGUGCUGAAAACGUUUAGGUGAAAAACUGAAAUACCUUGUUGUGAAUUUCUGGUAAUUUUUUAAAGAAAUAAGUAUUUUUCAUGAAGGUUUGGAAAAUUUUUUCGAUUUGUGUUAGAUAUAGUCUUCCUUUCAGUGAUAGUUUCCUAGAAUAGAUGUGCUCAAAACAGUCCCUGAUAGUUUAUUAUAUUGUUGUCAUUGCUAUAAAUGAACGAUAUUUUGCGAAUUGUACUCGUAUAAUAAAUCGCUCCCGUAGCCACUCGUUGUUGUUAAUUU